AUGAUUCCUCAGCCUUUUACCAGCAUGCGCCGACCUCGUCUCUGGACGGACCACAAAGCUCCACCGCUUCCCGGCAGAACCUCUUACUUCCUCCCACCGCCCUCCUCACCGCCUGACGGAACUCCCGCCAAUCACAGCAUGUGUCCCCGUCGCCGCAAGAGGCGGGACUCACCGCCUGCUCCCCCCCAAACCCCCAAGUCCGAGCCCUACGAACGUGCCCUUAUUUCCUUUUCAGACCCAGCAGACUGGUACAACUUCCCUCCCCAGCGCGUCUUUUCUCCUGACCCCCCGAUGGUCGAGACUCGAGGCUCGAGGCCAUCUAUUGAUGGCCAGGAAAACCUGCCAACCUCUUUUGAGGACCACGAUCACGCCGAUCAAAAGCCUGCUCGCCCUCUCGAGGACGACGACCAUGGCGCCGCCUCGCCGGCCAAAAAGCGCCGGAUUGACUCGGGACCCGACGACCAAGUCGCAACCUCGGAACACGAAGCCGUGACUGACCACCAGGCUGCUGCCAACACUCUGCCCGAAAAUGGACCAGGUCAGCUCGAGGCCUCUCCCGGUGCGGCUGCAGAUCAGAUCUCUAGCUCAAACAUCAGUCCCGACGUGGCGACAAUUAUCUCAGAAAUCAUGGAUCAUACCGAGCGCCAGGAAGAAACCGUCGCGCUGGGCCCGCAGGAAAUUCCCUCAUCGGGGGACUUCCCUGGAGCCCGAGGGUAUGCCUUUCUCAAGGCCAACUCCCACCUGAAAAUCCAGAGUCUCCCUAUUCUGGACAAUCUGUCUACUCAAAUCCUCUCCUUCCUCGCCAAAAACACCUACCAAGACCUCGCCGCAAUGGUGUCCGAACCGGACUCCGAAAAUGGCCAAGCCUACGCGACUAUGCGCUCGUUAUUCGAUCACACCAAGCGUGUGUACACCGUCCGACACUCUUUCCUUCUGCCCUCGGAUAUCGAGAUUACGGAUCCCUCUCAAGUGGAUAUCAUUCGGAAGGCCAACAUGGCCUCGUUUGUGUCGAGCAUCUUCGGAUCUCAAGAGGUUGGCUUCCAUGAGCUGAAUGAGCAUUUCCUGGACGUCUUUGUGCCCGAGGGCGGUCGCCUGCUGAAGGUUCAGGGCGCUCUCUAUCUCGAACUCAAGACACAGGCGUUCAUCUCGGCCAUGAACACCAAGGAUCGCACUCGAACGGAGCUGCUGUACCAACUUUUCCCCGACGAUAUGGAUCAACGUUUGCUGGCGAGACGUCCGGGCACGCGGCAGUUGGCUCCCAGCGAAGUUGACUUUGUCAACCGCGCUACUUCGCGCCGCGACAUUCUUCUCGCCGAUGUCAAUAACGAAGAAGCAUUGCGAGCGUUGCCGGACAAAUAUCACUGGGAGGACUUCCUUCGCGAUCUCAGUUCGUACAUUGCGAAGAACUUCGAUGCCAUAAACACCCAACAGGGAAAGAAAGUCGUGAAAGGCCGCCAGCCUUCGAGCUCCAAUGGAGAUGCACAAGAGUCUCCAACCUACCAGGGCCAGUUCUCGGCCAAUCAGCCAGUGGAGGUCCCCGUGGAUAAAAACAUGCACAGUGACCUUGUCGCACGUGCUGCUCGCGCAGCCCAGAUUGCUCUGCAGGGCCAUCGACUUCAGCGCUCCCAGCAGCAACAGCAGCAGCAGACACAGCCCCAAGCCAGUCAGACGUCAGCCCAAAUCCAACCCCAGCAGACAUCACAGCCUCCCAGCCAGCACGAGAGCCCGUACCUCCAGGGCUACACCGCUGCUCAGCAACCAUCACCCGCUUCACAGCACUUCCAGCACAGCCCUACGCCGCCGGGUGGAUAUCAGCAGCAGCAGCCGUCGAAUCAACUGACCUUCCAGCAGAGCCCGUUGCAGGCGAAUUUCCAACAGUACCAGCCCAAUGCUGCGACGGCCAUGCAGGCACGACAGAACGGCAUGUCAAACCAUGGAUACAUGCCAGGUAUCCCUCACUACACCCAGUCACAGCCUACCCAGGUUCUCUAUGAGCGUGCUCGCAUGGCCGCAUCUGCCAAGUCGUCUCCGGCUAGUCGGAGGACUGGCCUUCCCAGCCAACGUCGCCCUUGGACCAUGGAUGAGGAGAACGCAUUGAUGGCUGGACUGGAUCGGGUGAAAGGUCCUCACUGGAGUCAGAUCCUGGCGAUGUUUGGCCCUGGCGGAACGAUCAGCGAGGCCCUGAAGGAUCGCAACCAGGUGCAACUCAAGGACAAGGCACGCAACCUCAAGCUCUUUUUCCUCAAGAGCGGAAUCGAGGUACCGUACUACCUGAAAUUUGUCACGGGUGAACUCAAGACUCGUGCGCCUCUUCAGGCCGCCAAGCGGGAGGCCCGUGAACGACAGAAAAAGCAAGGUGAAGAAGACAAGGCCCACGUGGAGGGCAUCAAGGGCAUGAUGGCGCUGGCUGGUGCACACUCCUCGCAGUCCGGGCAUGAGAUGUCGGCGUCGCCCAGCCUGCCCCCCGACACGAGCAGCCAGGGUGUUUUUGAUCAAACGGCCGAACAAAACCUGAUGCAGACGCUCAGCCAGGAAGUGCACGGCAGUCAGUAUGCGCCGUCGCAGUCGGACCACCUGGAUCCCAGUCUGCAGAUGGGCCAGUAG